AUGUCCAAAAUAUUACCUUCAAUCUCAGAUAUCCAGGAUUCUCCAGAUAUUCAAGAUAUUUCAGAUAUCCAAGAUACUACAGAUAUCCAAUAUAUUGCAGAUAUCCAAGAUACUGCGGAUAUCCAGGAUACUGCAGAUAUCCCUGCUAAAAUAAAACAAGAGGUUCCAGACAAUGCUAGAGGUGAAGUGCAGAAGUUCUCUGAAUCUUUAAGCCUGAUCUCUGAGGAUUAUUUGAAGGAGAAUCGUAAAAAAACUAUUUUUUCUCCGGCCUCCGAAAUUCUAGAAGAACAGAGUAAGAAUGAAUUCUUCAAGGUCAAGUUAUCGGUAGAAACAAAAUAUGAACGCAAGAAACCCAAGGAGAAGAUUAAUCCCUUCUCGUUCUUCACACCUAAAGAUGAAAUAUCCCCCAGUGAAGCUGAAUACCCGGAGAAAAACUAUAGAAAAUCCUUGUAUCCUGAUCCUUCUUUAUAUAUUUCUUCUCAUCUCUCCCUGGCUCGACUCCAGCUUUUCAAUCUUCUUUAUCCAUCCUACUCAUCCUCAUCCUUUAAUCCUAUCAAACCCGACCAGAUCUUAUCCAACUCUCCGUUCCUCAUCAAUCCGUCUACUUUCAGAAACCUGGACAUUACCUCGCUACCCAGAUUCAGCCCCUAUCCGCCUCCGCCCCGUAGUUCUCCGCCCCCUGUAGUUCGCCCUGUCCCUAAAAGACUUAUUCCACUUUGUUCAAGUCGUCCUGAUCGUCUUUCUCAAUUUACGACUACACUCACAAACCCUACUAUUCCCCGCCACCUACCUUAUGAUAAAACCACUGCCUCCCGCCAUAUACCUGACAAGGAUUCAACUACUCCCCUUCACCUACGUAACAAGGAUUCAACUACUCCCCUUCACCUACGUGACAAGGAUUCAACUACUCUCCUUCACCUGCGUGACAAGGAUUCAACUACUCCCAGGCUUCUUCCCGGUCAUGAAUCAAAUAUUCCCCGCCACCUACCUGGUCAUCAAUCAACUACUCCCCGCCUCCUACCCGUCCCUGAAUUAAAUACUCCCCGCCACCUACCUGGUCAUCAAUCAACUACUCCCCGCCACCUACCCGUCCCUGAAUCAACUACCCCCCGCCUCCUACCUAAUCAUGAAUACACUACAUCCCGCCACCUACCCGGCCAUGAAACAACUACACCCCGCCACCUUCCAGGUAAUGAAUCAACUGUCAACCGCCACCCCGCCGCCGCCAUGAAUACAUUGUCUCUUCGUCCUUAUCUACCCCCACUUCCACCUCCUCCAGGUCUACAUUUUAUCUGGGAGCAUUCUUUCCUUCACCAGAACCAGCCCAAGAAAUAUGCUUGUACGUUUUGUGGAAAAAUAUUUCCAAGAUCAGCAAACCUGACAAGACACAUUAGAACACAUACUGGAGAACAGCCAUACUCAUGUAACCUAUGCUGCAGAAGUUUCUCGAUAUCUUCAAAUCUUCAGCGGCAUCUCAGAAAUAUUCAUAACAGAGAUAGGCAUUAUCAGUGUACAGAGUGUGAGAACGUUUUCAGCAAGAGAGUAAACUUGGAAAGACACAUGAUAAGACACAAGAGAUCCAAGAAAAUGGAAAAGGAGAACUUGUAAACAAUCCACUUUAGUUUAAUUCAAGCUAAUAUUUUCUUUUCUCGGCAAACUUAAAGGAUUUUCUAUAAAAUAAACAGUUGUAUAUCAAGUCAUAAUUCACGUUUAAAAAUUGUCAACAAUUGUCGCACCUAGUCUUUUUUAUCUAGUCCAAAAAUGAUUUUUAAAUAUCAAAAAUACAAUUUUUUAAAUCAUGAAGAAAACAAUUGCUGCAGAUAUGUUUGCGCGCAACAUAAUUAUUAACAAUGUAGUUACUAGAACAGAAAGUUUUAUUGUGUACACUGCACGUUCUAUAUCUUUAAGAAAAUGAGCCCAAUUCAAAGCGCGUUAAAUGCCGAUUCACAACGGCACAUUUAGCACUUUAUCUAAAAAAACAUGAAUUCUAUAUUUUUCAAUCGUUGUGACUACUACAAAAAUCCGCCAAUUAUUAUUACAUAGAAACGCAAUUUAAAACUGUCAAUCUGUCUGAAAGAAAAACAAACAAAAAUAACUUGUAUUGACUAUGCAGAGAUUUUAAUUUAUAAGUCGAACGCGUAUCAUUUUAAAUCCGAAACAACAAACGUUAUCGAUUUUUUUUUCAAUGAGCUGGCCUUGAAAAAAUGGCCUGAGAACUUGCAUUGUAACCUUAUACCUAUUCCUUAAGGCCUUUUUCUAGGGGGGGGGAACGCCCCCCCCCAGCCUAUACAUAGAUUCAGACCCCCCAGCUUUUAUAGGGUUAAACUAAGAACUUGGACCCAUUACUGAUCUUACUGUUACAAAAAACUAGU